UGUAUAGCGGUGUCUCGUCAUUCGGAAUAGCCUAUAUAUUACCCAAGUAGCAAGUGUUGGAUGAAAAGCAAAGCAAGACAACGUAAACGUAUUUGGUCAUCCCUUGACAUUCCCUUAGAAGCCUCCAGUUGCUAUCUUCAUCUGCAGCACAUACUACAAAGUCCGCGUAUAUUUAAAGCCCAUCUCCUUUGUGUGCUCUACCUUGUAUAUUGGACUAUCGAAAAUGUCUUUCAACGCAAACGACAAUAGUAACAUAAACGACCACAGCCACCAGUAUCACCACCAUGGCCAUCAGGACCACCAUGACCAUCGGAAUCACCAUGACCAUCAUGAACACCACGACCAUGACCACAAAUCGACACUAAAAAAGGUUGGGGACAAAAUCAAGGGAGUUUUGGGAAAGGACUCCAGUGAUGACGAUGGCUCUGUUGGCAAGACCCAAAAUACGACUGUGCCCGGAGAGUCACGCAGACCGUCCGCUGGUAACCCUGUCUCCAUUCCAUCGGAGAGCAAUGAGAUUCACAGUCCCUCAGGACGGGCCGAGGGCAUUUCUCCCAGCUCAAAGGACAACCACAGCUUGUCCGAGAACACACAAGAUUCGUACGGGUCUCACAUGCCACCCCAGGAAUCGUUUGGGGUUGCAGGCGGCGACUUCUGGUCUUCUGGUAACCAGUACAAGUUGACCAAAACCGAAUACGAGCCUGCCGCGGGAAUGGACGACCCGUUCCAGAACUCGGGCGACGCGUAUGGCUCUUCAGAAAGAACCAGCACGGGAGUCCCCGGCGAAGGCGGCGACAUCUAUGGAGCCAGACGAGCCCAAGAGUCGCUCGGUUCAUUCGAUGAUGCCUUUGGGUCACCCGGUGGAGGCAAGCACGACUAUGAGGGCCCCAGCAAAGGUUUCGGUACCACUGGUGGCGGAGGCGACUCGUAUGGGUCCGGGUAUGUGGAGUACACCUAGAAGCAUGCACGUGGUUGGACCACUCCGCCGUGAGACUUUUGCAAUGCAGCCUGGGC